AUGUCGUCAUCUGACCCCACAAGCUCAUCCGGCAGCGACAGUGACAACAAUGACAACCAAGUUGAGUUGAUCGUAGCGGUUGUGGCAUUGGUAAUUUCAGUUCUCGCCUUCAUCAUUGCGAUUUUCCAGGCCCUCCAGCAAUACUACGCGUCGGCAACGGGCUACUCAUCAUGCACUCCAAAAGUCAUGGGAGAUUGGGCGAGGUUCACACGACGACGAUUCAAAUGGUACGAGUUCCGCUUUGAGGUGGAAUUUGAAGUUCCCGUCAUAUUCGUUGCGCCGCCGACGAACCCGCGGGGACCCCUCGGCGUGCACGACGACAAGGAGAUUACCUACAUGACCGGAACAACAGAUAGUUACAAGAAAACGUAUACCUGGGACCAGGAAGAGUACGACAAGCACUCCAAAACUUUGAGGGCUGGGAUGACGCGCCAAGCUAUCCACACCGCCGACAACGAGCUCGCAAACUGGACGAGUCUGCUCAUGGCUAUUCAGCGUAUGGAGAGGGAGUCUCGAACAUGGCAGGAUAAGGAGUAUUUCGGAUACAACCCUCAAUGGGAAGCCCAGACAUCGUGUCACCCGACCCAGGCCAGCACCACGGUACCCUACACUCUUACCGUUGGCAUGCAGAGGAAGAAGAAGUCUUGGGAUAGUAUGCCAGACAACAUGAAGAAACCUUACGCAACGACAACGAUCUCACAUCUGGUGGAAAUGGCGGCAAUGUUAGGCGUUCAUUGGAAAGAGUUUAACCGAAACGAAGACCGUUACCGAGGGCAGGGCAAUGGGUUCAGCAUCACCGGCUACGACGUCGACGAUCUCGGUGUUGUGUUUACAUUCGAGAAGACUGGUCCGACUUGGUUUCACGAGAACAGGGUAGUGCCGAACAAUAAGGUCAAGGAGCUCUGCUUUGGUUAUUGUCCGACGAUUUUCCGCCAGCAGAACAACGACAACUACAAGUACGCUGACGAACCAAAGGAUAUCGGAACGCUACAGCUUGGCAGCAUGUCGGCCAUUGCAGAGACUCUAGUGGUGAUCGGUUGUAACACUAACACUGUCCGGCAUUUCCGAAAGUCUACUCCAGAUACAAGACACAUCCAUCUCUUCCCAAUUGCUUUUGAGAUCCUAGGCAUGGUGGGUGCCGUCCUACAGAUCCCCGGCACGGCUUUCCGCAUGCUUCCCAACCCAACCAUUUGGCAUUGGGACCGGAAGUCAUUUUCACUGAGGACUUUCCUCAGCGACUACGUCCACAUAGUGGGUGAGUCGGCAGCAACAGAACCAAUGCUCAGAAGUACAGAAGGAUCUCGAAUUAGCGUGAUUCUCAAAGAAGCCGGCAAAAUCGAAGACAAGUUCGAAGAGCUCGAAUCUCGUGACGGCCCGGAAGCGAUUCUGAGACGAACAAACAACACCGAGGAAAGAAUCUACUCCAAUGACCUCGUCAUGGCUUUGCAUUCGGCCAUUUCGAAAUGCGACGAAUUCCUUCAGAGUCAAGAGAGGAUAAACCUUGUCCAAAACGUGCUCCGCGUGCACCUGCAAGAAAUCUUGCGUAUUUUGAACGACAAAGAAGGGGAAUACAAGACGGUUGUGGUCACUACAGGAGAUCAUGCUCGGUCAAAGAGGGACUCAAGACACGACCUUGUUGUUCCAGGAGCAUCCCCUAUCUUGAGGACGCGAGAGGAGAACGAGGAAAUCGAGAAGGAGAUAUCGCUCCUUCAGAAGCUGGAUUCCGCGUCUUCGAGCGAGAGGCAUGGUGUUCUAGCCGAAAUUUACCUUCUCUCGGUGCGCAAGCGGGUCAUUGAUGUUGUUUGCAAACAGCUGCGGGUUGAUAAAGCUCGUAAAGAGCGUGGAGCUAGAUCGAUCAUCUCUGAUGCUUCCACAGAGGUGAUCGCCCACGACCAGCAACAGCAGAUCAAUGAUGUGUGGUGCAUGCUUGUCUUCCGCAUGGUAUGCUGGUUGCUUCUGCAUGAUUUCCAUGGUAAGGAUAUCCAAGUUGAGAAGAGCGAGAUAUUUGGAAGCCGUCUGCCGGUUUACAUCACAUAG